AUGUGGUAUACUGGAACAAUUUCUCAAGCAGUCGCUUAUGCUAAAAUGAAGCGAUAUAUCUUUAUGAUCUACAUGCAUGGGUCAAACCAAGCUUCAAAGGAAAUGGAGAAAACAUGGGAAGAAGAAGAUGUACAAAUGUUGUCGAAAGAGCACUUCGUUUCAUGCCGAUUUGAUGUCAACAGCAAAGAAGGAAAGCAAUUCAGCCAAAUAUGUAUCCUUUUCUUUCUUGUCUUCAAGAUUAAAACGAUAAUCCUACAUUGUUUGCAUAUAUCAGAUCCCGUUUUGCACGUACCAUCUACAUACUUCGUAGGUCAAAAUGGAAUGCCAAUUGAAAUUUUAGCUGGAAAUAUCCAGCCAAGCCAAUUUUUAGUUAGAGCUAAUGAAGCCAUCCAAGUUCAUCAACAACACUUAGCAUCAAUUGAGGCUGCUGGUGGAUCAGUAAAUCAGCCUGCAGGAUAUAAUCAGACUAAAUACGAAGAACCUCCGCCAGCUGCACAAGCCGGCUUCUUCGGUUUAGGACGCAAGCCGGCCAGUAAACCAGAGCAACCGGUUGACCAAAAAAUAAAGCGAGAAAGAGAAGCUGCUGAAGAAAAGCGUAGAAUGUUGAUGGAAAGACAAAAAGCUGAAGAAGAAGCGGCUAAUAUGCCAAUGGUAGAUACCGGUGGCUUUACGACUGAAGAUCACACCAAUGAGACCUGUAAAAUACAGUUUAGAUUUCCGGAUGGAUCUUCAAUGAAUCGAGAAUUUCACUCCCACGAGUUGCUUGAGGAUGUCGUUGCACAUGUUGCACAGUAUGUUGGACCAGACUUUGGACCCUUUACUUUGGCUACUCUACAUCCUCGAAAACAACUCACUGACGAUUAUUAUUUGGAAUCAUUAGAAUCGUUGCAUCUAGUUCCUAGCGCUGUCUUGAUGGUGUUACCGGGAAGUUCGGAAGAGUAUGAGCAAGCGUCAUGGAAGGAUGAUUUAAGAGAUUUUUUGUGGUGGCUGUUAACUCCAUUUAUCGUGUUAUAUCGACUAAUAUUAAGUUUAAUUCAAAAUUCCAACAAAAAAUCGAAGCAACCACGACGUACUCUUCCAGCUGCUCACGAUGCCGGUCCAAUAUCGAAUCAACCAGGAAAUGUUAGGUACCGCGGUGGUGGCAUGCUCAAAGGUUUGAUCAAGAUUACCCCCAUCGUGACGAAUACAAUUCGAAUUUUCACCAACAGUGAUUAUGACCAUGAUACACUUAUAGAAGGCACGGAAGACUGA